AUGAUUUGGCGCUAUCUGUUGCGACGUCCCAUGCUGGGCACACUCUGCAUCCUAGUGCUUUUCACGUGGUUACUCCAACAGCCUGAUACGUCGGUCAAGGAGAUUUAUCUUCUUCAACAUCGGUACCCAUUGCUGUUUGAACGUGUUCACACGAACACCCGCAGUGGCGGAGCGUGGUAUAUCCCCCCGACCUGGACAAAUAAGACGAGCCAGCCCCCCGAAAACAUCGUUGACGCCGCGGAGCAAGUGUUGCGCCUGGUUCAGGAGACCCCUCAACGGCAGAUCCCCCACUCCUUGAUUCCCCUAAUCAUACACCAGACCUGGAAGGACACGCGGGUGGACACCUGGCCGCAUGUGUUACAGCAGAGCACGGAGAAAUGGUUGCGCACGGGGGAUGGGCAGAUGGCAUACUUCUUGUGGGACGAUGACGGAAUACGACAGUUCAUUCGGCGGUUCGAACCAGAACGAGAGAAACAGUUCUAUGCUCUACCCAGCCACGUGGAACAGUCGGAUGUCUUCCGGAUUCUCGUGUCCAAGUGGAUCGGGGGGGUGUACGCAGAUAUCGACACUGAGCCUCUGCAAUCGCCGGCAUCUUGGAUCACCGCGGCUGAUAUCGCGCCGUGGCAGGAUCAUGAAACUGGGCGUGUGUAUAACUUUACAGGACCCGUUCGAGCGAUUGUCGGACUAGAAGCCGACUGUCCGCCAAACAGUGAUGCCUACUGGCGCAUGGGAUACCUGCUGCCCGUGCAGCUAACUCAGUGGGCAUUUGCAUGGGCGCCAGGCCAUCCAAUCUUGCAGAUCUUUCUCGAUCGUCUCUUCACGGAAGUUCGGGGUGUUUCUGAUCAACGCACCCCUGCGCCUCAGUCACAGUCCAGCGAUCUGGGCGCGCUCGACCCCAUUACCCUCACUGGACCUGUCGCAUUCACUCAUGCAGUCCAGAGCUGGCUCAAGGCCAUCGUCGGUCUUAGGUGGAACGCAUUGUCAAGCUUGCAGGACGGAGGGAAGAUCCUGGUCGAGGAAAAUAUGGAAAUAUGGGCUCCAAGCCCAUCACGGACCCUUCUGCGCGCCUGUUCCAUCGCGCGCAAGGAUCAUGGAGAGAAUUUAAUUUGCGGGUCGAGUAUGGCAAGUUCUGUCGAACGGUGUUUGGCAGGUGUCGGACCUGGUCCAAAGUGCCCCAGAGUCUCCUACUUUGAUGGGCAUCGGCUGUCGAAGCAGUGCUGA